AUGCGUGCCUCUAUGACAUACGCGUUUGGUAGGCUCCAGGGGCUUGGAAAUAUGUGGUGGCACGAGUCGGAUGUUGGAGGUGGUGUCAUGGUUGGCAAUCCCUCCAUAUCAACGGAGGUGUCCUCUUUCAUGUGCUCGCUCCGACGUCGCAAGGUCAAGGCUGGUGAGGUGGCAACUAGUGCCCGUGCCAUAACAACGGUGAGCAAUGUCUGGCCUCCUGAGUCGUGGAUAAUGAUAGUCAACCCCUCACAGGACAUUCUGUUCAAACUUUACCACCACAACCACCUCGACGAAAACUGGGCUAUUCAGCCUUACCAGCCUGGCGAGCGCCUCAACUCACACCGCUGGGGUGGUGGCCGUGCUCGGAGGCUGUUGCAGGCCGCAUACACCAUAGCAUUUGUGUGCAUGCUGCGCUUCGACGAAGUCCUCAAGAUCCAGGCGCACGAUUUUGGAGUGUUCGAGAAGGGGGUGACGCUACACCUUCCUUUCCGCAAGACACAUCAGAAUGGAGAUAUCAAACCCUUCCACUUGUGGGCCUUCCCACCACACGAGGCCCACAUCUGCCCUGUCAGAGCCCUUGCAGCCUGGCUGUCCGAGUCGAGGAUCAAGUCUGGGUAUGUUUUUCGGAAAAUAGCCUCAGGUGACCGCAUAGCAGAGGCCAACACUCCAAUGACCUCCGAACAAUUCUUAGAGCUUUUUCGCAACAACUUGCUGGACAUAGGCAUCGAUCCGGCCCCAUAUGGCACCCACUCAUUCCGACGAGGAGGCUGCCAGAAGAUCUGUGAGUGGGGAGGCUGGAGUGCUGAAUUUUCGAAUCUGACCAUAGUCAAAUAUCUCAUCUCAUCGAACGACGACCCUGUCGAGCCGAGGGAGCAUUUUUUCAAUCCUGAUAGACCUCCCACUGUCAAGUGCCCACACUGUGGGAGAUGCUGCCCUUGUGGCUGA